AUGGGAUACCCAUCUGAGGGAGACAAGAGUUUCAAGUACACCACGCCGGUUCUGACAGUUCAAGAAAACAAGUUACAGGACACCGCCUUGCUAACGUCGAAGGUGUAUCACUAUCUCGCCAGUCCGCAAGAUAUGAAAACGCGCGUUCGAAAUCUUCUCGCGCUUCGAAAGCAGGAGGGUAUACUAGAUCGACCUUUGAUAAUCUGGGAGCCGGCCCCUCUAUCAUGCAAACCGGAGAACCUCGAAGCCUGUCUAGAAGCCGCCGCUUUAGUCGACGUGUUUACUCCAAAUCACUUAGAGCUGGCGGCAUUCUUUGAGCAAACCCCGGUUGCAUCAUCCAAUAGAUCUGAGAUUGAAAGGUUGGGCUCGACGUUCCUAGCUAGCGGAGUCGGCCCAGAAGGAAAAGGCGCGGUGGUUAUUCGAGCUGGUGAGAACGGUUGUUUCGUUCAAUCGCGUGACAUCACUUCUCAAUGGCUACCUCCAUUUUACACGGCAGAUAUGGCAAAAGAGCAUGCUUCCAAAGUGGUUGAUCCGACUGGGGCUGGAAAUGCGUUUCUGGGAGGCUAUGCCAUUGGAUACCUCCAAGGAAUGGGUAAUAUCCUUGAAGCGGCUUGUUAUGGAUCUAUUGCAGCUUCAUUUGCUCUGGAGCAGGUAGGGAUGCCGGAGAAGAGCAACGGAAGAGAUGAAGAAUUAUGGAAUGGGGCCAGUGUUGGUCGAAGAUUUCAUCAAUAUAUGGCGAGGCAAGAAUUGUUGCAAUAG